GUCGCAUCCGCCAUCCGAUUUUGGGAUUCCACUCGCUUUUAUGCUUUUAUCUUGCCCUCUGUGGCAUGACUCCGUCGUGUGCGAGGCCGCAGAACUUGUACUGUGGUGAAAAUGGCUAGUUACGCCGCGAUAGGAUCCGAGCCAGAUAGUGCGGACCCAAUGUCCUCGAGUACUGGCUCGCUCCGUGGUAGAAGGCGCGGAAGAGGGAAGAAGGAUAUCGGUCAUGUAGGCCAGGCAUCAUGGAUCUCCAGCGUCAUCAACCUGCUCAACACCAUUCUAGGGGCUGGACUCCUUGCUAUGCCGUCGGCGCUCUCGAAAAUGGGCAUCUUCUUAGGCAUCCUUGUCAUUGCUUGGGCCGGUUUGACCGCUGGAUUCGGCCUGUACCUCCAGACCCGAUGCGCCAGAUAUGUCGAUCGCGGCCACGUCUCUUUUGCGGCCUUGUCACAACUCACAUACCCAAAUCUCUCCAUCAUAUUCGACUCCGCGAUUGCAAUCAAAUGCUUUGGGGUGGCCGUGAGCUAUCUGAUCAUUAUUGGAGACCUGAUGCCGGGAGUUGUCAGGGGUUUCGCGCCAGGAGCAGCGGAGAUCGCGUUCCUUGUAGACCGGCAGUUCUGGAUCACUGCAUUCAUGUUGAUCGUCAUACCCCUAUCCUUCCUGCGACGACUUGAUUCUCUGAAGUACACAAGCGUCAUUGCACUCUGCUCCAUCGCAUAUCUUGUUGUCCUAGUAUUCGCACACUGGGUCAUGGGGGACACCCUUGAGGACAAAGGUGAAGUGCGCGUCUUCAGGUGGUCUGGUCCUGUGUCCGCACUUGCCGCAUUUCCCGUCAUCGUGUUUGCGUACACCUGUCAUCAGAACAUGUUCUCCAUCCUAAACGAGAUUCUGGAUAACUCCCAUUUCCGCACUACGAGCGUGAUAUUUGCCAGCAUUGGCUCGGCGUGUGCACUUUACAUUCUUACUGGCAUUACCGGCUACCUUUCCUACGGUGACAAUAUCAAGGGCAAUAUUGUCAGCAUGUACCCCGAGACAACCUUUUCCACCAUUGGGCGCCUAGCGAUAGUCGUCCUCGUCAUGUUCUCGUACCCGCUCCAGAUUCAUCCCUGCAGAGCUUCCAUCGACGCGUGCCUAAAGUGGAAGCCUCGUCGGCGCAGCACUCAGAACGAGGUCUCCCCAUCUCGCACCACCCUGUUGAAUACGCCCAAGGCGACCAAGCCUCACGAAAUGGGCGACGUGCGCUUCGCCAUCAUAUCGACGGCCCUCAUCGUUCUAUCCUUCAUCAUGGCCAUGACCGUAUCUUCACUCGAGAAGGUGUUGGCAUACGUCGGCAGCACCGGAUCCACCACCAUAUCGUUCAUCCUGCCGGGGCUCUUCUAUUACAAGAUCUCCGAUCCCGAUUCGGACCACCACCAGCGGCUUAUCAAAGACGAGGAUGACCAGGACGAAUUCAGCAGCGCUGAUGCUGAAGGCUAUCUCAUGAGCGAUGCGCACAAGAAUCGAGAUUGGCGACGACGGCUACUAAGGUCCUUGAGUUUGGCACUUGCUAUCUAUGGCGGGUGUGUUAUGGUGACUUGUUUGGUUAUCAACAUUUUCCUAGUGGCUUCUCAUUGAUUGAUGAUUAUUUUUUUUUUUUUUUUUUUUU